AUGUUGCAGACUAUUACCAGACGCUGCCCUCAUCAAUCGUGCCCAUACACAUUUACGCCCAAUGUUAACAUUGUUGCACUCAUUUCCCCAGGUACCUACAUUCAUCCAGAUACAACCCAAAUGGCGACUGAAACGGAACUAGCAAAACAGAGUGUAUUGAUAAACAAUAUACCAAAAAACUCUGUAGAUUCGGUGAUGCGGGUCUUAGUUAUUCGAAGGGGUUCAAUAAUACCUUACAAGAAUUCAAGUCAUGAAGGAACUUUCCGAACUAUAAUAUUAGUUGCUGAAGAGGGGACAAAGAUUCAAGCAACACUAUUUAAUAAGCAUAUCGAGACAUGGAAGAACUCCUUGAAUCCAAAUAAGAGUUACUACAUUGCCAAAGGGCGCUUAGAUCGCGUCAAUCCCAACUACUCUUCUGUGCACAAAGAAGUUGAAUUGGCCUUUACAGACAAUACAGUCAUAAAGGAGACUGAGCACGCGGUUUCAACUCACAAAUUCUCUGAUGGCUUUUUAUCAUUGGAACAUGCUGAUAAAUUACCUAAUGGUGCUAUUCUAGACUUGAUUUGCGUCUUAGUUUCAGUGAAUCCCCUCAUUCUAAAUGAAAAUUCCAAAAGAUGGGAAAUAGUUGAUACAAAUCAGCUCAAGAUCAAGGAAGCAAGAAAAACAGUGGAUUUUAAAAGGAAAAUGAUCUUCUUAGAAUAUGAUUUGCAGUGUGAAUUGAUGGAGAGAACAACUAGAUCUGCUACUAUCGAAGAACAUCAUGAACUUCACAAAAAGUUUCUUGCAGACUGUGACCAAUUGACGGCAGAGGUCAUAGUCGAUGAAGUUGAUGAAGAGGAGUUAGAUGAUGUUAGUACGUUGCUCAUUGCAGUGGAUGGAGCCACAAAUAUGACAGAUGAAAAUGUUGAGGAUGACGGUGACGAGCCCUAG